UGACAAAAUGUCAAAUAUCUCCAACGGUAAUUAAAAUUUCCUCUCUAUUUCUUUUAUCUUUCUCUGUCUUCCAUUAUUGUUAUCGUCCAUCCACUUGUUGAAGAAUCCCCACUAGCUAGAAAGAAAGAAGCAUACGAUUCUCUCCUUACCAAUCUCCUCCUUCGAUUCACACCAAACAUGGAAGCCUUAAUUCACCACUUCACUCUCCUCUCCGACCAAGCUCUCGUCGACAAAACAUUCGACCCUUCCACGAUCGAAGACCUCAUGCGUCUCUUCGAAGUCGAUUCCUACAAGGCUUGGGCAGCUCUCGAGGCAGAACAGCAACAAGAGCUCGAAGCCGCUGAAGAAUCUAUCCGUGAAGCCGAAAUCGAACUCGAUCGGGAUAUGGAGUGGGGGAUGGAGGAGUACAGGCGGACGUUGGAGGAGAUGGAGAGGAUGGAGGCGGCGGAGUUGAGAGAGCUGGAGGAGAAGGCGGAGACUGCUCGGAGAAGUGGGAAUUUAUUGGAGAAAGCUGCUACGAUCGCCGCGAAAAGGCAUAUCGCCGCGGAUGGAUCAGCUGCGGCGUCGAUGAGAUCAGCUUGGAAGACUGCGUCUGGGAGUAAAGUUCAUCCUUCUUGAUCGUAUGAAGACAGACAGAAGAAGAAGAAUACGUUCGGUGUGUAGUGACUGUUUGUGAUACAUGAUAAUUAACGAUAAUGAUCAGUGAAAUGUAUUGGGUUAUGCGUUAUGUCGAUGGUGCCAUUGUGGACUAUAUUUUGUUAAAUAAUAAUAAUUUUUUUUGGUAAAA